CUACGCCCCCCGCCAGCCAUCACCGGCAAUCAUGCACGCCUACGCCCCCCCUUUGCACUCCUGCGCCCCUACUUCCUGCACUCCUACGCCCCCCUCGCACACCUCCUGCACCAAGCCCGCCUCCCCUCUUCUGCAACCUUCUUUGCCCUGCUGCGCCUCCUGCACUCUGCGCCCCCAAUCCUGUGCCUCUGCACUCUUGCUUGCUAUAGCCCUGUCCUUGCCUCACCUACAGAAAAAACAGCGAAUACCAGACAAAAUCGCCAUCAUCUUCGUCUUCUGCUUUUGCUACAGAGAUCAGUGAUUGACGGAAGAAGUUUUUAUUUUAUUUUUUGGGUAUAUAUAUAGAAAAAUUCAGAUCAAGGAAAUGGGGGGUCCUUUGUUGAUUUUGGGUCUGGUUUUGGGAGUCUCCUUCUGAGUUUUCGAAGAACAGUAGAAGGGGAUUUCAUAGGGAAGAAAGGGGGCAACAACGGUGGUUGAGAGGAAGGACUGCACAAGCAUUUUGAAGGGGACUAGAGUCUUCUUCUGCUCUCGGCCUUCCUUCUUUCCUUCUGGUUUUUAUUUCGGUUAUUUUUCCUUUUGGAUAUUCUGCAAAGUUCUAAAAAAAAAGGGAAAGGAUUUCUGUUUUGGGGCAACGGUUGAAAGAAGGAUCGUUGAGUUUCCAGUGAAAGCACAUUUUCUGGGUUGAUUCCUCUUAGGUAAAUUUUCUUAUCAGAGAAAGUUUUGGGAAGAGUAGUGAGGGAGACGGUUGGAGUUUGAUCCCGUGGGUGGGAUUCCUCCCUCCUAUCUCGAUCUGUUCUUUUCAAAAACUUUCGCUAUGUUUGUCUCAAUUUCGUUAGAUUUCAUGUGCUAGAAUUGUAUUAGAUGAUGACAUUAUGAAUAAAAUCAAUCAAGCAUG